CUUUCUUCUUCUUCGCAUAAACUCUGUGAGUGACUGAGUGCUGGUUCUUCUCAAUGGCGAAACCGAGCAGCAAUACUCGGACUUCGUUCUGGAGGCGAGGCGCGAAAGUGGAGGUGCGCACAGAAGAAGAAGGCUUCCACGGCGCGUGGUUCCCGGCGACGAUCCUGGAGCCGCCGUCGAAUCCUUCUUCGGUUCUCGGCAGGAAACGAAAGAGCUUCAACUCGAACAAGGUCUUGGUCCAGUACAACACCUUCGUCACGGAGAAGGACCCAACCAAGCCGCUGACGGAGUACACCAACGUCAUGUUCCUCCGGCCGUCGCCGCCGGUGGAGGCUCCCGGGAAGACAUUCGAGGCCGGCGAAGACGUGGACGCGUUUCACAACGACGCGUGGUGGCCGGGAGUGGUGAUGAGUGUGGAAGGAGGGGACAGGUACAGGGUGGGGUUUAGGGACCCGCCGGAGUUGCUGGUGCUUGGCCGGAGUGAGUUGAGGAGUCACUUGGAUUGGGUCAACGAGAUUUGGUCCAGACCAUACAAGAAGCGGAUGAAGGAAUCGAUGUAUAGUCCGGGGACUCCAAUUGAAGUGAGACUUGUCAAAGAACAUCUAUGGUCUGCUUGGAUUCCAGCAAUUUAUUCUGGUGCAUUAGGGGGGAACUUGUUUUUGGUUCAAUAUAGGAGCCUAAAGAACAGUGAUAAAGAUGGGAUUGCUACAGUGGCUGUAUCUGACCAUCAGAUCCGACCUCGCCCUCCACGGCACAACGAAACAGGUUUUUGCUUGCUGGACAUGGUGGAUGCGUUCCAUGAUAUGAGUUGGUGGGUUGGAAGUAUUACAAAUGUUCUUCCAGACAAAAAGUACAUUGUCACUUUUAAACUCACAGAUGAACAGAAAGAAUUCAGUCGCUCAGAACUAAGGCUCCAUAUGGAAUGGAUUGACAAAAAAUGGGAGUCUGACUUUUCGAGAUUUGGGUCUGCGAUGGAUGACAUAGAACAAACACAGCAUACAUUCACAAAUUCCAGAAACUCUGCGGUAGCUACACUACUUAAAAGGUCACCUGCUACCAAGGAUAGCACGGGAGAAGAAAAUCCUUAUGCUAGCUCACAGAAGAAUCAGAUGAAGCAGCUGGGUCCUUGCAUUGAUAAAUCAGCUUAUAGGAAAACCACAAAUGAACUGAAACGACUGGACCAACCUAAUGAUGAUGCAACAUUUUUAAGUCCAACUCCUUCCAAGAAGUUAAAACGACAUCCAGAAGAAUCUGUUUCUAUUGAUGAAGUAUAUGUGAGGAGAACACCAAUUAAAAUAUCCAAUGAAAAAGGCCCUGUUGGAGAUGGUGUGAAGACUGGGUCGCUGCUUGGAGAACCAGGUAGACAAAGAAAAUCACAAUUUGAUGGGAGCAGUCCGCCACUGAAAAUUCAUGUUGCAGUCAAGAAGGGAAGUAGAAUGGACAAGGCUGAUGAAGAAUGUAUUGGCGAUGAGCAUGUAAUGGACAAGACUGAAUCUUCUGGUAUUCAGUCAGACUCUGAAGUAACGAGAAGAUCACUUGCUGGAAAUUAUAGUCUCCUGCAUUUGAAGGAGAUUAAUCAACAUGAUGAAGAUGGAGUGAGCAAUCAGACAAAAGUGAAGGAUUCUGAAGAUUCAACAAGAAAUGGGACAACAGAAGCAUCUGGAAUGGAAGUUCAGGUGACUGUGCCUGGAUUGUCUGCAAAGCCUGCUGCUCAUGAUCAGCCAGUAUCAUUGUGUACAGAUGAAAUGCCUUCUGAAUACACCAUUGAGUGCUCAGUUAAUCCGGUUGAUGAAAUGCAUUCUCAAUGCACUCUUAAUCAGGAUGGAAAAAUGUUUCAUGAAGGCACUAUGGAGUGUGCAGGUAACCCUGCUGCAACUACCAACCAACAAAUUCCAGUUGCUGAGGCUGGACUACCCGGAAAGACACCUACUCAUGAUCAGCCUCUACCAUUGUGCAUGUACAAGAUGCAUUCUGAAAAGUCUAUGGAGGGCUCCAGUGAGCUGAAAACUUUAAUUUUAGUGGAUUACUUUGGUUCUGAAGAUCCAACAGAAGAUGGAAAAGCUCAAGCUACUGCAAUGGAAGUAGAGGUGGCUGGGACUGAAAUAUCCUCAGAGGCACCUCUUCCUGAUCAACCUUUAUUAUUGUGUGACAUGGACUCUGAAAACACUUUGGAGGGUAACCCCGCUGGGACUGCAAGAACAACCCUUCAUGAUCAAUUUCAGGCAUCAAGCAUAGCUGAAAUGUAUUCUGAACAUACUACUGAGGGCUCAUGCAAGCGUGCUGGGACAGCAAAGCUUACUGGGAGACAAGGUGAAGCUGGAAUUACAAGUGAAAUUGAGCAAGAAGACACUCCACAUCUGCCUUUCGUGAAAAAAUCUCCAUUUUGGAAAAUGUUGGAAUCCAUGGAUGCAUUCAGAAGGUUUCCGCAACAGCCACAUUUUAAGCCCUUACUGAAGGUUAAAAUGUUAUGCCGUGAAGGACUAGCCCUUGGAGGUAUGCAUAUCUUUGCUGCUGUGGUCGAGUACACUUUGAAGCUGCAGGUUGAUGAUCCUAGUGACUCCAUCAACGACAUUUUGGAAGCUCUAGUUGAACUGGAACGGUUGGGAUUUGAUGUCAAGGCACUCCAGGUCCGACUGAAUGAAUUGCAAGACAUGAAACUUAGGUUUGCAGAGCUUAAGAACAAGUCAGACGGAGUCAAAAUCCUGAUCACAAAUUGUACGCAUGAAAGAAACAAAGGCUCUGAAGUUAUCAGUGGGAUGGAUGCGGAGAUCAAUGACUUGGAGGAAAAGAUCAGAGAGAUACAGUCAAAAAGGGCAAAGGCGGUGUCAGAGAGGGCGGCGAAGGAUUCUGAAAUCAGUAUGUUGGAAUCAGAAGCAAAUGCUAUCAAUGAAGGCAUUCAGAGCAUCGAGCAUGAUUUCCAAAAUCUAGCAGCAGCUGCAUGGUGAUCAUGUGGUGCCUCCUAGUUCCCCAAUAAUCACCACUCCUUUUGCUAACCCUUAAGUAAUACUUAUGGAGCAAGAUGGUCAAUGGGAACCUCUAUCGAUCUGACUCUAUUUACAAACAGUUUAGAAUGCUGGGACCAUAUCAUCAGCCAUGCAUUCUUGCACUUAUUUGUCUUAGUCUUAAUUUAUUCGAAACCAGUUUUAUAUAUUAUCCUUAUCUGUUUCCUAUU